AUGGACAAGAUCACCAAGGUGAGACAGGAGGUCGAACUCCAAAAGAAGAGUUUCGAGGAAGAGGUCCAGGAAAAGAAGAGAGAAGAGGAGCGGAGACAGCAGGAGCUGAAAGAGGAGUGGAUAAGGCUUGAGGGAGAGAGAAAGAAGAUGGAGGAGGAGAGGAGGGAGCUGGAGCAGAGGGAGUUGGAGUUCCAAAAGGAGAAAUUGGAGGAGGAGGCGAGGAUGGAGAGAGAGAGCGAGGCACGGAAGAGAGAGGACGAGAGCAGGAAGUUGAAGGAUGAGUGGAGAAAGAUUGAGACAGAGAGGAAGGAGCUUGAAAUGCAGCGGGAGAGCGCAGAGGUGAGGCAGAGAGAGUUAGAGGCCGCAUGGAGGUAUUUCGAGACUGAGAAGAGGGCCAUGGAGGAGGAGCAGGACACCCUGCAACGCAAUGAGGCCAGGACAAGGCGAGACCUGGAGGACGAGUGGGACAAGCUCAACACCGAAAGGAAAAAGAUGGAGGAAAGAAUGGGGCUGGAACUGAGGCAGCUGGAGUCCCUAAAAAACCAGCUCCAGGACAUGGAGCAGAAGAUGAGAGAGAGGGAGUCCCAGAGGAAAGAGAAGGAAAUGAAACAAAAAAGAGAGAUGGCGGGGGAGUGGAAGAAGAUUGAGGAAGAGAUAAGCCGAAUGGAGGCCCAGCAGAAGAGGUUCCUGGAGGAGGAAUGGCGGAAGAUCGCCGUGGAGAAGCAGCGCAUGCAGCAGCAGCGCAGCAUGGAAGAACUGGAGUGCAGGCAGCUGAAGGAGCGCGUUCAGGAGAAGGAGCACAAGCUGUCCGAGAAGGUGGCUCUGCGGAGAGAGAGGGAGGCGCUGAGACGACAGCAGCUGGAGGAGGAGUGGACGAGAAUGGAGACCGAGAGGAGGACCAUGGCGCUCCAGAGCCAGGAGAUGCACCUCCAGACCCAGCUGCAGCGGGAGAGACUGAUGAAGACCAAGCAGAAGCGCGAGAACCUGUUGGCUCUUGAGGAGCAGCAGGCCGCCGAGAGGAAGAAGAUUGAGCAGGACGAGAGGAGGCUGGAGAGGAGCCGCCUGAGGGUGGAGGCCGAGCAGAGGGAGGUGGAGAUGGAGAGGGAGAGAUUGCUGGCCAGGGAGAGGAGGCUGAGGGAACAGGCGUCUGCCAUGAGAGAGGAGGACUACGCACACCUGCGGGAGCUCGACGUCGAGUGGAGACAACUGGAGAGGGAGAAGAAGCGGCUGGCUCAGAGGAAGAAGCCAGGCCGUCCCGUGCCGGCCCGUACUGUGGAUUACAACAUAUUCUCAUCCUGUGAGUCAGACGAGAAUGACUUUGGAGUCAUGGAAACUGACACCAAACGUCAUGUCGUAUUCAAGCAACCAAAGCAACAGCGAGGAGGCACCCAACUGAGCUCAAAUGAGCUCAACGAAUCAGAUGAUUCCUCUCCAUGGGAUGCUGAUGAAAAUGCCUCUCGGCCAGUCGUUCAGAAAAAGAAGACCAGACGUCUCACCCCUCCUGAGCAAUCACCAGCCGCGGAAGUGGAAGCAAGCACCAGCCAUAUGGCAGAGCCUGUGGUGGAGAAAGCCAUUGAGAAAAAGAAGAAAGUUGUUAAAAAGAAGAAAGCUGUGAAAGAGCUGACCGAUGACAACCUGUUCAACCAGGAGCUUGUCAUGUUCAAGCAAGAGCUGAAGGCUGCUGCGAUAGUGGAAGCAAGCAACAACCACAUGAUGGAGCCUGUGAUGGAGAUGGCCGAUGAGAAAAAGCAGGAGCCCGAGAAAAAGAAGAAGAUUCAGAAAAAGAAGAUGGCUAAAAAGGAGCCGACUGAUGACGACCUGUUCAACCAGGAACUGGAGGCUUCUGCGGUAGUGGAAGCAAGCAACAACCACAUGAUGGAGCCUGUGAUGGAGAUGGCCGAUGAGAAAAAGCAGGAGCCCGAGAAAAAGAAGAAGAUUCAGAAAAAGAAGAUGGCUAAAAAGGAGCCGACGGAUGACGAGAUGAUUAACCAGGAGCUUGACUUGCUCAGGCAUGAGCUGGAAGCAGACAUGGAGAAUCAAAAGACAGCAACAGCAAACACAGAAACAAAGAUGGAGGAGGCAGAGGAGGAGGAUGACGAUGCUUUAAUCCGGCAAGAGAUGGAACUUCUGGAGCAGGAUGAAUCAACAAAGCAGAAAGGCAAAGACAAAAAGUCAAAAGGCGCCUGUAGUGUGGUCUCUCCUUAUUCAUACGCCGGCAUUAUCGGAGUGCCCGUCUGCCAAAAAUCAGAGCUGCCCCCUACCCUGUCUCUGUGCCCUGUCCCUUGUCCCCUGCUGCUGCCCGUUGCCCCUGCCACCCUCCACAGUGCCCCCGAGCCAUCUGGACCUGUCCAGACACUACUGUGA